AUGAUUAACGGCCAAGAACCAGCAGGCUCUCAGCUCCCAAUUCUCAAAACCAAUCCUCGCUUCAUCUUCUUCACCGACUUUGACGGCACUAUCACACAGCAAGACAGCAAUGAUUUCAUGAUAGAACAAUUCGGCGUUGGGCCUGCUAGACGAAAGCUGGUAUUCGACGACAUAUUAUUCGGCCGGCAGACUUUCCGUGAUGGAUUCGAGGAGCUGCUAGAUAGCGUGAAGCUUCCUUGGGAGCAGUGCAUCGCUGCUCUGUUAGAGAACAUCACUCUAGACCAGGGAUUCCGGGAGUUCUACACGUUCGCUCACGCCAACAAUAUUCCUGUUGUUGUGUUAAGCGGUGGUAUAGAGCCUAUUAUCCGAGCUUUACUAGGCCAUCUUUUGGGGGAGGAGGAGGCAAGCAAAUUGCCAAUUUUGAGCAAUGAUGUUGCGGCACGGCCAGGAAAGACACUUGGGGAUGAAGGUGGUUGGAAAAUCAUAUACCGGGAUGACAGCUCCUUCGGUCAUGACAAGUCGUUAGCAAUCCGCCCAUAUGCAGCCCUUCCUGCUGACGAGAGGCCUGUCUUAUUCUAUGCUGGAGACGGAGUAUCGGAUCUUUCCGCUGCCAAGGAGACUGAUUUGCUCUUCGCGAAGGCCGGUAAAGAUCUUGUCACGUACUGUGAGAAGGAGAGUGUUCCGUACACCACGUUUCAAGACUUUUCGCAGAUUCUAGCUACUGUGAAAGAAAUAGUGGCCGGCAAGACUAGUGUGCACGAGGUUGCUAAACAGAAAAUAUAG